AUCAUGACAAUCAAAAUUGUGAACAACAUCAUGAUUAUAAGCAAAAGCAUGAUAAUGAACAAUAUUAUGAUCAAAAACAAUCAUAUAACUAUGGAAAUUGCAAUAAUGAGUUGUAUAGAUAUAAAAAUUAUAAUUGUGAACUUCCUUUAAGUGAAGUUGAAAUUAAUUCUUAUUUGCCUGAGGUCUCAAAUCUGGAACAUUAUAGGCCAAAAUAG